AUGGCAAAUACACAAUCUAAAGAUGAUUCAUUGAGAGAAUUGAAUUACAAGCUUGUAGCCGAGAUUGAUAAACUUAGGAAGGAGAAUGCAGAAAUACCUGAACUUAAAAAGAAAUGUACUGAAAUUGAAACCGAGAAUAUAGAACUUAAAGCUGAGAAUAUGAAAAUUAAGGCUGAUAAUGCGAAAGAUGAAUUCUCGAGUUUACAGCUUAUCUCUGAUUUGUCUACAGUAAAUUCUAAUAAUAUUCCCGUAUCUUCAGAAGUUAAAACGAUCGAUGAGUUUCAAGAUCAAAAAGAAAAGGAAAGGAACUUAAUUUCAGUUAUUUCUAAAUCUCCAGAGCAAAAUCAUGAACCUGAUGAAAUUGAACCCAUUAAAAGUCAGUAUAUAGAACAAGGAUUAAUAAAAGAAUUGCUUAAUAGCAACCGUCAGCAUGAAGAAAUCCUAGCAUGGUAUAAUUACUCAGAUAAUUUUGAAAAUAGAGUUAUCGAAAUUUGCCAUGAAUUAGGGGUAACAGAUAAAACUGCCAGAACGCAAUUAUACAAGGAAAUGUUAAAAAAUCUACCUGGUAUUACAUCAGGAAACUUGCGUAUGAAAACUUUAAGACCUAAAAAAAUUCAAAUGCUAUUUGGGGAGAACGGAGUUGGAAUAGAUAAAAUCAAACAAGUUACCUACAGUAUAUAUGCUAUCUCUACUCUUACUAAUAGCCAAAUUCAAAAUGUUAUCAAGAAUGUAACUUCAGCAAAACCUUUAUCAGAAACUAGCAUGAAUCAUGAAAAUCAAACUAGUGCAGAGAUAAAAGCUGAGGUAAAUGCAUCUACUGAAGAAACAGAGUCUCGAGUCUCUGACUCUGCUAAUUCAGAAACAGAGAUAUGCAUGCCACCUAUAUCUCAGGUAAAUAUAUCUAACAAAUUCCGACUUCCAAUUUCUAUUUUACCUAACAAUCCUGAGGAAAAACGAAAACAUGUAAUAAAAAUGGUAUUGGAACGAUUCACUAAUUUAUCUUUUAAAUGUAGUAGUAAAUACACUGAUCAUUUCAAUUGUACAGAAACAUGUCCUGUAUGUAAUAAAGAGCAUAAAGACGAUAAUGUUAGUGGUGAAUGGGGUAGUGGUGAUUAUUAUGGUGAAGAAACUUAUCGUCUUUAUUGUAGGAAGGUAUAUCAGAAUGGAAUCCAAAUGGUAACUGUGAAAAAAAAGAAUAUAAAAGAAAAGCAGAAGGACCAUAUCAACAAGGUAUUGAAGCAGUAUCCGGGUAUAUCUUUGAGUUGUAGUACUAAUUCUAAUGAUAUAUAUCAUUGCAACACAUCUAAAUCCUCAUGUCCGUCUUGCAAUUUAAAUCAUAAGGAAAAUAUCGUAGGCCAGUAUGAGAGAGGAUCUUAUAAUAUCAGAUGCAUGUUUAAUUACACAGGUGGAAUUGAUGUAACAGCAUAA